GAGCGGGCGGGAGCGCGGCGCACGCCCCGGGCCGGCCCAGCGAGCCAGCGAACGAACGAACGAGGGAGCGAGCGCGCCGGGAGAAGGAGGAGGAGGAGAAGGAGCAGAAGGGGGAGUCGGGGAGGCGAGGCCGUAGAGGCGGAGGGAUCUGCGCAUCAAAGCGAGUGAGGCAAGCAAAGUUUGGCUGGGGGUUGGACUUUCCUUCCCGGAGGCGGCACCCAAACAGCUACCCCGUGCGGAAACCCAAACUUUCUGUUGCCACUGCGAGCCUCGCGGCCUCCGCCUCCACCCCACGCCCGGGGCCUUCCCCGAUCCAGCGCCACUGCCGCCCGCCUAGCUCGUCCGCCGGAUCGCCCUACUCCAGUCCGUGAGAGCCGCUCAGCGCGCAGAGGCCGCGCGUCCAGCCCGCAGGCUGCAGCGCCGCGGCCUGGCGCCCGGCGCCCGGGGGCAAGUUGGCCCGGAGUUGAGGCAAAGUUUGGGGCGGCCGCAGCCGGCUCCGCUCGAGCUCCCGGCUUUGCGCCCCCGGUGUCCCGCCGAGUCUUGCCCCCCCGGGGGGGCGCCUCCUCGCCGCCCGCGUACCCUCCCCAGCCAUGUCGUCCAUCCUGCCUUUCACCCCGCCGAUCGUAAAACGUCUACUGGGCUGGAAGAAGGGCGAACAGAAUGGGCAGGAGGAGAAGUGGUGCGAGAAGGCGGUCAAGAGCUUGGUCAAGAAGCUGAAGAAGACGGGGCAACUAGACGAGCUGGAGAAGGCCAUCACCACGCAGAACGUCAACACCAAGUGCAUCACCAUCCCCAGGUCCCUGGAUGGCCGGCUACAGGUGUCCCAUCGGAAAGGGCUGCCCCAUGUCAUCUACUGCCGCCUGUGGCGAUGGCCAGAUCUGCACAGCCACCAUGAACUGCGGGCCAUGGAGCUGUGUGAGUUUGCCUUUAACAUGAAGAAGGACGAAGUCUGCGUGAAUCCCUACCACUAUCAGAGAGUGGAGACACCAGUUCUACCUCCCGUGCUGGUGCCUCGCCACGCUGAGAUCCCGGCCGAGUUCCCUCCGCUGGAUGACUACAGCCAUUCCAUCCCCGAGAACACCAACUUCCCUGCAGGCAUAGAGCCCCAGAGCAAUAUUCCAGAGACCCCGCCCCCUGGCUACCUGAGUGAAGAUGGAGAGACCAGUGACCACCAGAUGAACCACAGCAUGGACGCAGGUUCUCCAAACCUGUCCCCGAAUCCGAUGUCCCCAGCGCACAAUAACUUGGACCUGCAGCCCGUCACCUACUGCGAGCCAGCCUUCUGGUGCUCCAUCUCCUACUACGAGCUGAACCAGCGUGUCGGGGAGACGUUCCACGCCUCGCAGCCCUCCAUGACCGUGGAUGGUUUCACUGACCCUUCCAACUCAGAGCGUUUCUGCCUGGGGCUGCUGUCCAAUGUGAACCGGAAUGCGGCGGUGGAGCUCACACGGAGGCACAUUGGGCGGGGUGUGCGGCUCUACUACAUUGGUGGGGAGGUCUUCGCCGAGUGCCUGAGUGACAGCGCCAUCUUCGUCCAGUCUCCCAACUGUAACCAGCGCUAUGGCUGGCACCCGGCUACUGUCUGCAAGAUCCCACCAGGGUGCAACCUGAAGAUUUUCAACAACCAGGAGUUUGCCGCCCUCCUGGCUCAGUCGGUCAACCAGGGCUUCGAGGCUGUCUACCAGCUGACCCGUAUGUGCACCAUUCGCAUGAGUUUUGUCAAGGGCUGGGGAGCCGAGUACAGGAGACAGACCGUGACCAGCACUCCCUGCUGGAUCGAGCUGCACCUGAAUGGGCCUCUGCAGUGGCUGGACAAGGUCCUAACCCAGAUGGGCUCCCCCAGCAUCCGCUGCUCCAGUGUGUCCUAGAGACGCUGGGGCAAGGGGAGGGGAAGGGGUUGCGCCGGGACAGUGCCCGUGCAGAGGUCAAGAAAAAUCAGAACUCUGAUCCAUCCGUCGAUUGUUGUCAAGGACGGACUUUUUGGUCUUCAGGUGGUACCAGCCUGUUUCCCGAAAUAUAGAGAUGAGCUGAGGUGACCUGCUCAUGAAUAAGUGCCAUUGUGUCCACUGAACUCACUGCCCUGCGGCCUGGCUUGAAGGAUGAGGCUGGCUUCUGCUUGGGCAGGGGAGGGGGGCAUUGAGUAUGUAGGUGGCUUUUUGCCACCUGCCCAGCCCCUGCCACCUUCUUUUCUUCAUGACAGUGAUGUGGGAUGUCACAGUUCAGCAGGAAGUGCUCCUCAGAAGAGUGUGGCUAGGAAGGGGGCAAAGCCUUGGGGUGAGGAGGUGGUGUGAGACAUGGGCAGGCUGUCUGCCUCUUCCUCAGUGCUCUAGAUCAACUGGGCUCUCCCAGCUGGGCACCCCCAUCCUGCAGACCCUGUUCCUCCUAAGCAGGGCUGAUCUGAGAUUGGAGAGGGGGCUUGUCCAGCUCCCUCAGCUCUCAGGAUGAUGGGUCGUGUGCUUAAUAAUACCGCACACACGAUGGUGGGCCAAGUUGGGGAAUGACACCUCCUCUCUGAAGAAAUUCUCUUCCAUGCGUCCUUUUUCACUUGGAAAAGCUGGAAGGAUCUACUGAGGCUUGGUGCAUAUGCAAUGUAUAGUUUCUACGAUCGCAUUAAUCUCAACGAGAUGUGAAUGACGUCAAGUGUGUGGAGCAGGCGAUGUGGGGGUUGAGACGGCCCUUCCCUGUGUCUGCCGUCGUCAGGAACAGAGUGUGUGCUGUGUCCUGAUGCACACAGCUGCAUUGGUCCAUGCAAUCCAUCGCAUUGAUUUGACCCACUUUAUUGUGUGCCCUUUGAAAUGUGUUUCAUAUUAAGAAAAAUAAAACAAGAAACCAUGGGGGUUUCUAGGUCCCAACAAAUGCUGUCCCAAGAAGCGUUUCCAGGCCCAAUAGAGGAGGCACCUGUCUGCAUUUCUGGAAGCUGACAUUUGCAAGAGCAAACGCACCGAAGCAGGAGGUGAGGGGGAACAUCUUGGACCAACACAGACCAAGGCAAAGGGCUGUUAGAGUUGCUUCACGCUACCGGGGACUGCAGGUUCCU